AUUUUUAUCUGAAUACGAUGUAUAAUUAUGUAUUUUCAUCGCCCGAGCACGCUCCAUGAUGGUUCUGUUCAUGCGCUCGGCGACGCCGUUCUGCUGAGGCGUAUAGGGGAUGGUGGUUUCCAUGACGAUACCUUUUUCGUUGCAGUACUCCUGGAAUUCGGUGUUGAUGUACUCGCCACCAUUAUCGCUUCUCAAUCGGGCGAUUUUGGUUCCAAAACGAGUAGUGGCCAUCGCAGCAUAUUUUCUGAACGCCUCAAAGACUUCGCUCUUCGCUUCGAGAAUGUAGACGGCGGUAAAAUGCGUGAAGUCAUCGAUGAAGCUCACGAAGAUUUUCCCACUAUUCCAGGAUGCUGGCGAGAAAGCUCCACACACGUCUGUAUGGAUGAGCUCCAAGGGGCAUUCAGAGUCUGCGGUGGCGUCCAAACCUUCGACCAUCUCGUUUCGGAUGAGUUUCUGAAGACCAGCUUUCCCGAUGUGCCCGUACCGGCGAUGCUACAACGACAGCUUUCCUUCGGUUUCUGCCGUCAGCGCCGAACCGAAACUCCGGAUUCUCACAUCCAGCUCGUACAAACGACCUCUUCUGGGGGCGACGCACACCACUCGCUUAUUCUGGCGAAUGUGCGCGUUCUUUUGGUUGAAGGUCACUUCCAUUCCGCGUUCCGUAACCUGCUUCACGGAAAACAAAUUGGUGAGAAGACCAGGCACGUACAGGACAUCGUGGACAGUGCAGUUGAUUUCCUUGCCGUCCACAAGGGCUGCCAAUUUGACCUCGCCAGCGAAGUGACUCCUUUUGUCACCGACCAUGUGCUCGGAAGCACCACUGUCAAGCACCCAUCGGAAUUUGCCUUCAUCGCCGCUGCUGGCCGCCUGCGCCACCGUCACGAAUGCGAUGUCUUGACUCGGAAGGCUGACUUUUUCGGUUCGGUUCCUCUGGACAGUCAGGUCGCUUGUGUCCAGCGAACGCCGUUCCACAUUCCAUCCUCACCGCACCGUGCUGCCGUUUCACGUCCUCGUUCAGCAAUCUCGAUUUCACAAAUUCCAUCGAGCAUUGCUCCACCGGCAAACAAAAAGAACACCAGCACCGGCUCAUUGAAUAUGAUGUUAGCCGAUUCCAGUUCACGGACCACCUUCUCGAACGACAAAAUGUGCUCCUCCAAAGACACUUUCUCGUCGUACUUCGCGCUGGCCAACCUUUGCAGUAAAAAGAAGACACCGGACACACCCUUUCGGUCGAAAUUGUUCCUCAGGGCGUCCCAAAUGGCCUUCGGGGACGGCUUUCCACGGAUUUACUAUUGGCACUUUCGAAGAUCGCGUCGACGUUUCUAUGAACUCGCGGCUAAGAUUCCCGGUCCCUUCGAUUGGCCCCUGAUCGGAAGCAUUCAUCUGGGAUUCGGUCGAAGUGCGACAGGUAUUUGUGAAUACAUGCUGCAGUUUCUUCACACCAUUCCGACUCCGAUGAGGGCCUGGUUGGGUCCACAUUUGUUCAUGGUAUUCGACGAUCCGGAACAUCUAGCGGUGAUCCUGAACUCUCAGCACUGUCUUAGGAAAUCCUUAGUCUACAAAUUCUUCGGUUUGAGCGACGGUCUCCUGACUGCUGAACCCCAUCUUUGGCGAAAAUUGCGUAGAAAUCUGAAUCCUUCUUUCUCGCUAGCGAACCUUCAAAGCUUCAUUCCGACGUUCAAUGAAAAAUCGAAUAUUUUGGCCAAACGCUUGGAGCCUUUCCUGGACAAGGGCGAGUUCAACAUUUUACCAUUCAUGGGAGAGCUUUCGCUGUCAAUCAGCACCGUCACCACCUUAGGACUAGACCUCGAUAAAGAUACCAGUGAGUGUCGGAAAAACUACAAGGAAAACGCCGAUCACCUGUUUACUCUCAGAUGGUCCCGAAUAUACAAGGCUUGGUUUCAUCUGGAUUUCAUCUACAAGCUCAGUGCCACGUGGAGGGAAGAAAAGGCCCGCUCAGAAGUGUUCGAACAAAUGUCUAAAAAGGUUCUCGAAAUGCGAAUGGAACAAAAACGGCAAAACCCUACAAAUAAGACUGUGGAAGAGGAUGAUUUCAACAUUCGAGCACCCCGGUUGUUCAUCGAAAAUCUGGAAAAUUUCUUAUCCCAAUCGUCCCAGUUGGACAACCGCAUCAUUCUGGACAAUCUGAAUACGAUCAUUUUUGCUGCCACCGACACUUCGGCCACCGUGGCCUCAACCACCCUUCUUAUGCUGGCCAUGCAUCCGGAAGUUCAGGAACGAGUCUACCAGGAGGUGAUCAGCGUGGCACCCAGUGGUCCUCUCGAGUAUCAAGAUGUAUCGAAACUGGAGUACAUGGAAAUGGUUAUAAAGGAAUCGAUGCGACUGGUUCCGGUCGUUGCCUUGGUUGGGCGCAUAUGCGAAAAAGAUCUACCGGUUGGAGAGCACGUGAUUCCAGCUGGAGCAGAGAUCGUGAUUCCGAUUUUUAAAUUGCACCGAAAUAAGCGAAUCUGGGGACCUAAUGCGGAAGAAUUUGAUCCGGAAAAUUUCUCCCGUGAGAACUGCGCUAAAAUGCACCCCUAUGCGUUUCUAGCAUUCAGUGGAGGUGCGCGGAAUUGCAUUGGAAUGAAGUAUGCGUAUUUAACUCUGAAGAUUGUGCUGGCUAAUUUGUUGCAGCACUAUCGAUUCAGUACCCGAUUGAAGCUGGACGAAUUGAAGUUCCAUGCUUCAAUUGUGCUACAAGUUGCCAACGGGCACAUGGUUAGCAUACAACGGCGAGUUUAAGGUAUGAGGAAUGAGAAAAAUAAAUAUGGAACAACUUGUUUCAAAUUAAAUCAUUUUAAGCAACCACGUCAAACUGGCAUUUCACGGUCUGUAUGUUGCCCACGGUGACCUAAAAAAAAUGCAUAACUCAA